AUGGCUCAUUGUUUCUUUCUUUUGGUUUUCAUUUUCUGUUGCAUACUGGGUGUUACUCCUAAUAUUCUUGCAUGCAUCCAAACUGAACGUACUUCUCUCUUGUCCUUCGCUCUCGCUCUUUCUUCUCCCUCUUCCUUAAACUGGACUUCGGAUGACUGUUGCCGCUGGCAAGGCAUCAACUGCAAUGUGGGUGGUUGGGUCACCCGUAUCUCAUUGCCCUCCAAAGGCCUCACACUCAAACAAGGUACUAAUUUUCCUUCAGCAAUACUAGCACAUGGAAUUCUCACACAUCUCACCCACUUGAAUCUCUCCCACAAUUCCUUACAUCAAAGUGUUGCUUUCUUCUUGUCCUUGAGUCAUCUUGAGGUUCUUGAUUUGAGCUCUAACCUUCUUUCUGGGGAGCUACCAGAACCUUCUCUGUCAUCUAGUAUCCGAGUGCUGGAUUUGUCCUACAAUCAAUUUACUGGUCCAAUUCCAUCUCAAUUCUUCCGACAAGCUGGGAAUUUGACUAGUUUUCGGAUCAGCAAUAAUUUAUUCUCAGGAUCUAUCCCGUCCUCGCUUUGUCUCGACUCUUCUCCUUUGAUUAGUGUAUUGGAUUUUUCCUUUAAUCGAUUCAAUGGUAGUUUGUCCAGUGGACUAGGAGAGUGUUCUAAACUCAAAGUCUUUCGUGCCGGGUACAACAAUCUCUCAGGUUCACUUCCAGAAGAUAUCUACAAGGCUGCAAAACUUGAGGAAGUUGCAAUGCCUCGCAAUUCACUUGUUGGAGUCAUCAGUGAUAGAAUGCUGAACCUGACCAACCUCGCAAUUCUUGACCUCUCUGUCAACCAAUUGAGUGGUGUGCUUCCUCAAAAUUUUGGUAAUCUUGCCAAGUUGGAAUUCUUACUCCUUUAUUGGAACCAUAUUGGAGGUUCUCUACCCCCAUCUUUGAUGAAUUGCACUCACCUUAUAGAGCUAAAUCUAUUAGGCAAUGAAUUCCACGGGGAUAUUUCAAUGCUUAAUUUCUCAAAACUAGCUCAGCUUACCAGACUUGACCUCUUAUCGAAUAACUUGAAUGGCAUUUUGCCAACGAGUCUUUAUUCAUGCAAGUCCCUGAAAGCAAUUCGACUUGGUUUAAACGAUAUACAUGGAGAAAUACAACCUGAGAUCCUAUCACUGAAAUUCUUGUCAUUCCUCUCAAUUUCUUAUAGUCGAUUGAGCAAUAUCACAAAGGCAAUGAAUAUAUUGAGGCAUUCCGAGAGUCUCGUAUUUUUAUCCUUGCCAUUUAGUUACAGAGCAGCCAAUGGAACUCCUGCUGAUUUCGGCAUAGCUGAUUUUGAUGGGUUUCAGAAUCUUCGAUUUUUGAAUUUGGGCGGUUGUAACCUCACCGGUGAGAUCCCUGCAUGGUUAACGAAUCUCAAGACCCUAUCAGUCUUAAGUUUAGCUGCUAAUAAACUCACAGGGCCAGUUCCAAGUCGACUAGGGACUCUCCCAAGGUUGUUUUAUCUGAAUCUUGCUUCAAACAGAUUUGUUGGUGAAUUUCCAAAGCAACUUCUAAGACUACCUAUGUUGGUGUCUAGAUCUAAUCAAAGUGUUGAUCAUGAUGAUGCACAUCUUGAACUGCCAAUAACUCAAUCACGACUUUAUGCUGGAUUUAUAGGUCAGCAACUCAAUUCCUUGUCUUUCUUUCCACGGGAGAUCAACUUAGAGCACAACAAUUUUUAUGGAAGUAUACCUACUGAAAUCAGCCGAUUAGAUCGUCUCCAAAACUUGGAGCUUAACCACAACAAUUUCACCGGCAACAUUCCCGCCCAAAUAUCUAACCUCAGAGACUUACAAACUUUGGAUAUCUCUGAGAAUCAUUUGUCUGGACAAAUUCCUUCAUCAGUGACUAGUCUGAAUUUUUUGGCAAAUCUCAAUGUCUCCUACAACAAUCUGGAAGGACAAAUACCAAAAGGCACUCAAAUCCAAGGCUUUAAUGUAUCUUCAUUCGAAGGGAACCCCAAACUUUGUGGUCUUCCACUUCCAAAUGAGUGUCAAGCAAUUAAGAGAAUUGAUGACCAAGACAACAACAACGAGCAUCAAACUCCAUGGUUUUAUUGUUUCAAAAAAAUAUUCCAUGGUUUUAUGUUCCUGUUGGGCUUGGGUUCACUGUAG